AUGUGUCUCAACCAUUCCCCACAAGAAAUAUGGAUCGGCAUUUCAAAGGAUCAAGGAUGUUGUCGCAAGAAUAUUCGUGUAACUAAACUUCAAAGUGUGCCAAAACCUAAAACAAAAAUGGAGUAUGUUCCGAAGAAGCUGGUGAUACCGUUGGGAGAAAAUAAGGAGCUUUUGGCUUCGGAAAAGGUAGUUGGGACAUCUGGUGAGGCUUCCGACACGAAUAAUGCUGACAAGAUUUCGAACAAGUUUAAUUCUCCUGUGCAGAUUUUAAAACGCUCAGAUGUUGACCCUUCGAGAUUGGCUGAUAUGAAGGAAGUUCUAAAGGGCACGGGUCUGCUUAGUGACGAGGAGACGGAAACCCCAAAAUCUAUGUCGAGUUCACACGGCAACCGUUUUGCUCUUCUUUCUAUGGAGAAUUUCGGUAAUGGGGACCAACAAGUGGCAAAAAAUGUUACACAAAUUCAUGUUGACGCACAACAGAUUUUUUCUAACAGUGAAAAAUUGUCUAGUCCAUCUCGUCUAGACUUGGGAUAUCAAUUGGCAGGCACUGAGGAAAUCACGGAAAACCAUUCCCUGGGUACGGUAGUUGAUGUUCAAACGGCUGGACGUGUUGAGGAGAUUAAUGUUGUGCUUCCUAAUUUGUCGACGGGUUCUCUAGCAGCUAAACGACUGGAUGUGGGUUAUCAAUCAGAUACGGGGGAGAUUAAGAAUAAGGGUACACUGUGUGUUUUCUCUGAUAAUGAGAAUGAUAAGGUGGAAAAUGCGCACGUUAUGCAAGUUGUCGAAAAACGAAAACCAGGGAUCGGGAAACCGGAAUCUUUGGCGUAUUUUUCACAAUGGAUUCGGGAGCAUAAACCAGGUGUUAUAGGGAUUAGUGAACCGAAGCAAAUUAACGAUAAAAUUGGUGGCUAUGCUCGUAAACUUGGGUAUCCAAAUUACCAUGCAGGUGAUAAAAUUUGGAUUUUUUGGUCUACAGAUUUUGCAGUUAACAUAUUUUCAGUUACGGAUCAGGCCAUUACCAUGAUGGCUCACGGCUUGAUUUCUUCUACAUGGAUUACCUUUGUUUACGCCAGUUGUAAUAGAGAUGAGCGACGUCAAUUAUGGGAUACUAUUCUUUCGCUGAGUGACGUGUGCACUGGAUCAUGGAUUGUUGGAGGCGACUUUAAUAUUAUUCUUCAUCUUGAUGAGAAAAAUGGAGGUAAUGCAGCGGAUCUGAGGGGUAUUCAGGAUUUUCGCGAGUGUAUUAUUCAAGCCGGUCUUUCCGACAUUGGUUUUGUGGGAAAUCGAUAUACCUGGAGUAACAAUCAAAGAGGUAGUCGAAGAAUAUGGGAGCGGCUGGAUAGGAUUCUCAUUAAUGGUGAGGCACAUGUGUCGUUGCCUUCGAUUGAGGUUCAUCAUCUAGCGCGGGUGGGUUCGGAUCAUGCUCCAUUGCUGAUGGUUACGGGACAACAAUUGAAACAUAAGAGUCGAUUUAUGUUCCAACGUAACUUGGGUUAUCAGUUGCAACGUCGUCUUUCUUCGCUCCGUAAGAAGAUCAAACAAUGGAAUUGGGAGGUUUUUGGCCAUCUCUCUGUUACUAUUCAUACUCUUCAACUGCAGAUUGCCGAUAUGGAGAAGUCGUUACAAAUUGGUUGGUCUGAGCAAUUGGAGAAUAGUUUGGCUGAUCGUCGGAAUCAAUUAUCUCAACAGGAUUACCCUCGUACGAUUACGGCGGAAAUAAAUUCAAUUCUGACAUCUAUUCCUACCGAAGAGGAAAUUUGGGCAGCGGUUCAGCAGCUUAAUCCGGAUAGUGCGCCUGGUCUUGAUGGAUUUUCGGGUCAUUUUUACGUAGGAUGUUGGUCGAUUGUGAAGCAUGAAGUGAUUUCGUUUAUUCAAGGUUUUUUCAUGGGAGAUCAGUUGAGCCGCUCAGUUACUAUGACCUCUCUGAUUCUUUUACCGAAGGUGGAGUCGCCCAAAGGUUUUGGUGAUUUUCGUCCGAUUAGUUUGUCUAAUUUUACUAGCAAGCUGAUAUCCAAAAUUCUUGCGAACAGAUUAUCUCAAUUUCUUCAUUUAGUUAUUAACGAGGAACAAGCCGGUUUUAUUAAGGGUCGGAGCAUACAUGAGAGUAUUAUUCUAGCACAGGAAUUGGUGGAAGAUUUUGAUCGACGAACUCCUGGAGGUAAUCUUAUUUUUAAAGUCGAUAUGUCUAAAGCUUAUGAUCGCUUGGAGUGGCGCUUUCUUAUUCGAGCUAUGCGUAAUAUGGGUUUCAAUGAGCAGUUCAUUGACCUCAUUUAUCGUAAUAUCUCGAAUAUAUGGUAUUCAGUUUCAAUAAAUGGAGAUAAUUAUGGUUACUUUAAGUCUUCUCGAGGGGUUCGGCAGGGGGAUCCUUUAUCUCCUAUGCUUUUCAUUCUCGCCCAACAAAUUUUAUCUCAUAAUCUGAAUAAAUGGCAAAGAAACGGCACCAUAUUUCCUUAUAAGGUAGGUCGUGGUGGGCUCAGCGUAUCUCAUCUUUUUUAUGCUGACGACAUGCUCUUAUUUACCAAUGGAUCUAAACGAUCGCUGCACCAUUUCAUGAAGCUGCUGAAGGAGUAUGCCAAAUCUUCUGGGCAAGAAAUUAACUUUCAAAAGAGUGGCGUGUAUACUCCUAAACGGAUGUCACAGGAACGUGCGCACUUGGUAUCGGUUUGGACGGGUUGUACUGUGAAGAAAUUACCGCUGCAAUACUUGGGAGCUCUGAUAGUUAAAGGUCAUAUUCGCGCUUCGUAUUUUGAUUUAUUACUUCAUCAAAUUGCUGUCAAACUAGAUAGAUGGAAAGCUAAAUUGUUAUCAUUUGCUGGUAAAAUUACCUUGCUCAAAUCCGUUUUAUGCAGUAUGCCCAUACAUACAUUAUCUAGUGUGGUUGUUCCGAAGAUGGUGAUUUAA